CGACGCGUGACAAACAACAACAAAUUUAUUCCCGCUUUCAACCACGAUGGCAAAGAGCAAGAAUGUCAAUCCCGCUGACGCUUACCGCAAGGCUCAACGCAAAAAAGAGCUCAGAAAGAACAAGGCCGAUCGAACCAAGAAGCGCGAUUUUGCUUUGGUCAAGAAAGAUACAUUUGAUCUUGAGGAUGAAAUAACUAACUUGGAGGCUCUCCCGACUCCUUCCUCGGCGGAAAAGACUCGGCUAACGGAAGCCAAAGCUGAACUAGAGAAGAUUAAUCAGAAAAAAGAAGAAUACGUCAAGGAGCACCCCGAACACCGUCGAUUGGUCUACCGACCUCGGAAACAACAGUCAGUUGUUAUGCCUGAGGGCCCACCCCCCAAACCAGAGGAUGCAGUUGAUAGUGAUGAUGAUAUACCCAUGCCAAAAGGACCACCGCCAGGUCAAAAAUUGGUCGAAGAAGGUACAUCUGAUCAAGUUCCCGUCAACCCGCCACUCCCGCCAAUGCCGCCGCCACCAAUGUUACUGAAUAAUUUUGGGCCUCCUUUGCCCUUCCCUCCUUUUCCUCCUACAGGGUUCCCAGGUUAUAUGGUUCCUCCAGUCGUACCUCCACCGCCGAGUAACUUUGCGCUGCCUCCGCCACCCCCAGGUUUCUUUCCUCGUCGACAGCAGUCUACUACGGCCUUGCAGGAUCCGCUGUCAUCUAUUCCACAUCAGACAUUCCAAGACCAUCGCGCUCAGGUUUUAGCGCCUCCGCAUCCAUCCCUGCCCCAAAAACCUCGGCCGGAAGGCUCUUCAUUUGUGAUAGUGUCGGCCGAGCCUCAAUUGCGUGAUUUGAAGAAGGAAGCUACAUCGUUUGUACCCACAUCACUAAAACGCAAAAAGGCUGCCGGUGCGUCGGCAUCUAGGAGAAUUAACGCUGCGCCUGGUGUUGGUGACGUUGUUGAAGGGGAGAUUUCAGCACGGCCUGACUUGCUCAGCGCUUUAAAGGGUCAGUUUGGGCCCGCUCCAACGGAUCCUAAUCCUAAUCCUAAUCCGCCUGCGGCAUCAUCCAGCAAAGAAAAGAGCACCGCGACAAAGACGAAGGACGACUACGAGAAAUUUGUUGAAGAGAUGGGGGAUAUCUUGGGACCAUAGUAGAGAUGUAUUGUAUUGAAUCUGUACGUCGGUAGCGAUGAAUUGGAGCCAUGUGAAGUUCGGAC